CGUUUCAUAACGACGGACUUCCAUUCCCACAAUUCCUCGCACCCGCGCGGAGAAUUGUGGGUUGCCUGAAGAGACGUUCCUGUAUCGUGGUGCCGUUUGAAGAGCCACGAGAAAAAAACCUUUCAGUGUGUUGUAUUUAUCUACAUUAAUAUAUUACAGGUGCUUCCAGAUACGUUUUAGGAUUUUUGUAUGUUUCUUCGCUGUAACAGUUCUAGGAAACCAUGGUCGCCCAAAAUCUCUCCAGUAAGACGCAGAAAUUUUUAACGAAUGCCUCGAUGCUGUACAGAGAUAUAUGUCCAGAGCAAGCGCGUUUUCUCAUGAAGCGACAUCAAUUGGAUGGCCCCCCCCUGCCGGACUCUGUGCUCUGCCCCUUCUGUUUCCAGUGGCGUAGGCCAGGCGAGUACCACGUGCGCGUGCGUCCCAAACGCAUGCCCUCGCCACAGGUCAAGAAGCUGCUCAGGUGGGAGGCAGCCAACAGGAGACUCAGCGCCCAGCAAACCAAGGUCCUGAGCAGGUUCAGAAGGUCCUCCAGUGUUGUGAUGGCCACGUGUCACACUUGUAAUCAGAUAUCCAAACAAACUGGAGUGAACAGAGAGUUUUUGGCUGCUUUUCCCAAGCCCACCAGCACCCCAUUGAGCACAAGUAAAUGCAAGACCCCCAAGUCAGCUAAGAGACCUGCUUCAAAGUCUGGAUCCAAUCAGAAAACACCAAACAGCACACCAGUGUCAAGGUCAUCUGAAGCUCCCAGCUCAUCAAGGUCAGCCAAAGAGAAGUCGUCUGCCUUCUCUCGUCUAAAGAAACUCUUAAUGCUUGAGGACAGCCAGAAGAGUAAGAAAGGAAGUCUGAAAGAUUUCUUGUCCUCCCUGUGAGGGCUUUGCAUGGCAACAGGAACCCCAUAAUGACAGGCUCUGGCCCACUUUAGGUAGUGCUCCUGGAAUUCAGAGCAACUUGCUUAAGGGGGAAUGGGGGAGGUGGCUGGCUGAACUACAGUGCCACCUGGUGGACAAGCCAGCACAGACUUGAGCACAAAUGCCAAUCCUCCUUCCCUUCUACUGAAGUGGCCCAUAGCAUUAUGGGGUGCUUCAGUAUCCUUGUCCUGCUUUUAUGCUGAGGACUUGGAGAGAACCACACAGUUAAUUUUUCUGCCUCCAUGAGUGAUUUUUGUGGUUUAAGUCAGCUAAAUUCAGAGAGUACUUUGAAGUUUACACAUUUGUAUGUAUGAUCCGUUUUUCUUGAGCACCCACUAUUUUAUACCCACAUCUUUGUCACAGAAAUACUGUUUUGAGUGCUUGAGGUAUACAAUUAUCAGAAUGAUAAUUACUAUUAAAAGCUGCUAGUGUUUACAUUUAAUUAGCCAUUUUGCCCUUAAACUAUAAUGGUAAGACCAAUGAUAUGUUGCUUUAUAAAAGUCUCACUCAGAUGCUAUUUCUUAUGAAAAUAAGAUUUCUUAUGUGUUCAAAUUGUGCAUUUUUAUAUGCAUCACCUUUUUUCAGUAAAUCAAAUACUAAACAAUUGAA